AUGUCGAACGCUCUGAUCGAGGUUCUGCAGAGAACCGUGUCCAAUAAUCCCGCCGACCAGAAACAAGCGCUCGAUUUCUUGCAGGAUGCAGCUGGGCGCGAUUUUCCAAAUUUCGUCAAAGAAUUGUCGAUUGUCCUGCAAGCCGCAUCCGCCGAACAAGUUGUCCGCCAAGCCGCCGGUCUCCAGCUGAAGAACGUGCUUGUGGCCAAGGAUGACGCGACGAAGGAACUCUACUUGAAGAGAUGGCUUCAACUGCCCGCCGAAAACCGAGAUGUGGUGAAGAAGAACGUGGUGCUGACACUGGGUACCGAGCGAAGCCGUCCUUCAACUGCUGCACAGUGUGUGGCGGCAAUUGCUUGUGCCGAAUUGCCUCACGGGCUUUGGAAUGAAGUAAUCCAGUUCCUCAUGCAGUCGGUCACUGAUCCCAAUAGCACGUCAGAGAAAAAGGAAUCUUCACUUGAGACGCUCGGCUACGUUUGUCAGGAUAUCAAAUCUGAUGUUCUUGAACGACAGUCUAACGAAAUCCUCACAGCCAUCGUCGCUGGAUUGCACAGCAGCGAAAAGAGCAAUCACGUCCGGCUUGCAGCCACCAAUGCCCUUCUCAACUCGCUGGAGUUUACUCGUCGCAAUUUUGAACACGACGUGGAGCGCAAUCACAUUAUGCAAGUCGUCUGCGAGACUUCACAGUCGCCAGAGCUCCUGGUGAAGGUGGUGGCUCUGCAAUGCUUGGUCCGAAUCAUGUCUCUCUACUACCAAAAGAUGGAGUCCUACAUGAGAACCGCUCUUUUCCCGAUCACACUUGCCGCGAUGAAAAGUGCACACAACGAAGAAGCACUGCAAGGCAUUGAGUUCUGGAGCAACGUCUGCGAGGAGGAGAUCGAACUGCAAGCCGAGGCCGAAGAGGCUGCCGAAAACAACCGCGUUCCCGAACAGACUUCCAAGCAUUACGCGAAAGGCGCCUGCGCGUAUUUGUGCCCGGUGCUUCUCGAUAAACUUGCUCAACACAACGAGGACGAUGAUGAGGACGAAUGGACACCGCCCAAGGCCGCUGGCGUCUGCUUGAUGUUGCUUGCUCAGUGUGUCGGUGACACAAUCAUCGAAUGCGUCUUGCCGUUUUUGCAGAAUUUCGUCAGUCCGGAUUGGAAGUACCGCGAGGCUGCCAUCAUGGCUUUCGGUAGUAUCCUUGACGGUCCCGAUCCUGCAAAGCUCAAUUCGCUCGUCUCACAAGCAUUGAAUCCGCUGAUCCAGGCACUCGGUGACAGCAACGUGAAGGUUCGGGACACAGCCGCCUGGACUGUUGGACGCGUCUGCGAGAUGGCCGGCGAGGUCGUCACACAGCCGGAUGUCCUGCAGCUCCUCCUGCCCUCGAUGUACGCGGCCCUCAAGCAGGAGCCACGCGUUGCCGCCAAUAUUUGCUGGGCUCUCGUUGCCUUGGCAAAAUCAUCGUAUGAAGACGCGGCCAAUAAGCACGGCACUGACGGAUCUGGUCAGCCGGAAACCUAUGUGUUGUCGACCUGCUUCCAGGGCAUCGUCAACGAAUUGAUCGUGACAAGCGAACGACCGGACAGUAAUCAAGCUAACCUCCGCCUGGCCGCCUAUGAGACGUUGAUGGAGAUGAUCAAGAACAGCCCCCGCGAUUGCUACGGUAUCGUGCAACAGACCACCAUCGUCAUGCUACAGAAGCUCGAGCAGCUGCUUAUGAUGGAGCAGCAGGCCACCAACCAGGCGGACCGGGCACAAGCAAUCGAUCUGCAAGCCCUUCUCUGCGCCACUCUACAGUCUGUGCUUCGCAAGAUACGCUCUGAAGAUGCGGAACAGCUUGGCGAACCAAUCUUGCGUGGUUUGAUGCAAAUCAUGCAGCGAAGCCAGGGUCGUGCCGGAAAUGUCAUGGAAGAGGCCCUCAUGGCUCUGGGUACAUUGGUUGAAGCGCUUGGACAAAAGUUUGCCGGCUGCCUGGAACCGAUCAAGCCGUUCCUUCUGCAUGGCUUAUCCAGUUUCGAAGAGCACACCGUUUGUACGGCUGCUGUUGGCGUCGUCACCGAUCUUUGCCGCUCGUUAGAGGGACUUAUCCGACCGAUCCUUCCCGACAUCAUGCAGGUUCUGAUCCAGUGCAUUCGAGAUCCGCGGCCCAGUCGUGAUGUGAAAAUUGCCGUAUUGAGCGUGUUUGGUGAUGUGGCAUUGGCGAUCGGCGUUGAUUUCCAAAUUUACAUAGCUCCGGUCGUUGAGCUUCUGCAGCAGGCCUGCAACUCUGCUGUGAUCAACAAUCCCGACGAUAUUGACCUUGUCGACUAUGUUCAUCAGCUGCGUGAAAACUGCAUCGUUGCCUACACGGGAAUCCUGCAGGGAUUGAAGCCUGCUGAUGGCGCGAGUCCGGCGGAAUUCGAGAACGCUAAGCAAGUCAUCGGCCAGUUGGUUCCUCACAUGGCUCAACUUAUCCAUAUGACUGCUGACAGUCAGCCCGUGUCUUCCCCUGAGUCGGUGGUAGCUGCCGCUGCCGGACUGGUCGGAGAUAUGGCAAAUUUGUAUGGGGGAGCCAUUGUUCAGGUUCUCGACAUGAAUAAGGUGAACGCCCUGCUGACCCGCGGUCGCCGCGCCCGUGCUUCCAAGACAAAAGCGCUGUGCAACUGGGCUAACAAAGAGCUUCGGAAGUGCAACGUCGCCGCUGCCAGC